AUGACGAAGCGAGAUAAAAAGCGCGUCCGUAUAAAUGUUACUUUGUGUAGAUACGAAGUUGUGCGCCGUGUAGCUCGAGCUCGGGGUUGGAAGCUUGUGACGGAUGAAAGGCCUGACAGCAAGCUGUCCGCGUGCAAUGUACACUGGAUCGAUGUGCCUGACAUCCUCCCAACCUUUACGGGACUACUGCCUUACCAAAAAGUAAAUCAUUUUCCAGGAAUGGCCAAUUUGGCGUGCAAGUCUAAAUUAGCUCGAAACCUUGAGCGUAUGAAAAAACUGUUUCCAGAUGAGUUCAACUUUGUUCCUCGAACAUGGAUCCUUCCGUUCGACAAAUAUGAUUUUCAGCAGAACUUCAACGCGGAAGGACUGAGCCAACGCACAUUUAUUGUGAAACCUGACCACAUGUGCCAAGGUCGUGGAGUAUUUUUGACUCGCAAUCUUGCACAAAUACCGCGUGGAGAUGUCCUAGUAGCCCAACAAUAUGUAGCUCGACCUUUGCUCAUCGAUGGCAAGAAGUUUGACCUACGUAUUUAUGUACUUGUGACGUCGUGCUCACCGCUUCGCGUGUAUAUCUUUAAUGACGGAUUGGUACGAAUGUGCACGGCCGAUUAUGUCACUCCUAAUGCAGACAAUCUUGAACAAAGAUUUAUGCACCUUACCAAUUAUGCCGUGAAUAAGCAUUCCAGCAACUUUGAAACAAAUAAAGGAGAUAAUGCUGAAGGUACAGGUAGCAAACGAUCAUUAAAAUGGUUCUUUUCGUGGUUGAAAGAGAGAUUAGCAAGCGACAAGGUGGAUAGACUCUGGGAUCAAAUCGGUGAUAUCUGUCUUAAGACUAUUUUGUCUGUGCAGCCUACAUUGGCACAGGAGUAUAAAUCAACAUUUUCAAAAAAUUUGCGCCGCACCAAUUCAGCAUCAAGAUCCGGACCUCGGGCUUGCGACAAGGGAGAUGAAGUUGUCGAAAAUAGAGGGAAAAGUACUCGUCCUGGUAGUGCAAAUGAUGCCGGUAAUCAUAUAAACGAGCCUUUUUCAACGAGCUCGUCUGCACCACUGUCCUGCUCCUUCGCUCUGUUGGGAAUGGACGUGCUCAUCGAUGAAAAACUAAAACCGUGGCUACUGGAGGUUAACCAUUUGCCAAGUUUUGGCUGUGACUCGCUCCUAGAUUGGAGUGUGAAGGAGCCACUCAUUUCACAGACAUUUGACAUUUUGAAUAUUACAUCUAGCGCUAAAAAGCGGUUUGAAACUGAGCAAGCUCGUGAACUCCAGCACAGGCUUUACGGGGGAGCCGCAACUGGCAAAUUUGCUGCUACAUCAAAAGUGGACAAUCAAAUCGAUAGCUUGCCACCAUUAAUUAUUUCUUCGCAAAGGGAAGAUACAUCCGAAGCUGCAAAUAAAAUAGAGAAGGAAAAUCAGCUGCCAUUAAAGUCUGAACAGCUUCGUCAAGCGUUAACUGACUACUAUGCUCACUUCAACUCGGAGCGACUGCACCAUCUUGACACAAUUAUGAGCAAAUAUGCUGAUAAUCAAAAAGAAUUGAAUCGAAGUCUUCAGCAAAAAUAUGGAAAAGGAAUUCGCGACUUUGCAAGUAUCGAUUCAAUAGCCACCAAUGCUCAGCAACAAAACCAAAACGUCGGACAUGUACUUGAUGAAGAAAAGUUGAUUGAUUUCGCCCGUCUUUAUCCACCUUCUUCGGACGCCGAUCGAGCUUUGAAGUAUCGCAAAAUGCUAGCUGCAUCACAGCAAUACAUCGACGAAUUACAAUUACGAUUUUCGGCACCUCUUCAGCAUCGCCGUCCCGAGUUAGACAGCGAUGGAGUGGCGCUUCCACUACUGAAUGGUGCGCAAAGAAAGGAGCAUCUUGGUCGAGACUGUUUUGGGUUUGCUGGAACGGACAGAGGAAAGUUGCUGUCUGCAGCUGAUAGAAAACCAUUGGUAAUUCCCGGUCCGAUGCAAGUGGCGGCAGCUCAUCGAUUAAUGCUUGGUCAUUCAAGCCAAAAAUUGUCAAUCAAACCUCCUACGCCACCAGAACCUAUUCUUUCUCGCUCUAGUUCCCCUUUAAACUACGGGCUUCAGUAUCGCGAGAGAAUUCUUUCUCAUAAGAACAAGCCGACACUCUCUGUUUCCCAAGUUUCAUUUCGCUUUGACGGACCCUUUUAA